AGAUUUGCUUUUUUUACCCAGGAAUUAUUGCAGUACUUACCACACAACCCCGGAAUUUUAAGUUGCCACUCCAGUACCCGACACGUUGAAGAUCACUCGACGCCGUUUGGAUAGCCAAGUAGUUAGAGACGCUCACUGAAUUGAAAUAAGACAACCAGUGGAUAACGAGACAAAGACCGCAUUUUCUUCCCUCCCCUCGUCUCUUUCGCCAUCCCUCAAGAGGACCUGAGCCACCUUUCAUCAACAUGUCGCUCGCAGCCCGGUCGUUCUUCAUUGCAGGGGCCUGUGCGCCGUGGAAAGGACCUCACCAGGUAGAUGUACAGUCCUGCUGUGCACUUGUUGUAAGUAUUUCAGUUCUUAAUACCAGGCCUGGCACUGCAUAGAUCGUGGGACGAUGAUGAUGUUUCCAGAGAGUAGAGUUGUAGUAUGAGCGGUUGUACUAGUAGCGCCUGCUUCCUGUUUGUGUUUAACAGCAACUGCAACAACAUGAGGAGAACGUUGGCUUUUGCAAUUUGUUGUGCGCUACACAUACACUUACUGCCAACGUCAAUCCCGAUCCCCCUUCAAGCACUACUAUGUACACGCGAGAACAAAUUAAAAACUUUGUAAAUCGACCCUUCUCUUAGCCCCAACAUUAAACUAAGACCAUAGUACUUACUUAACACACACACACACAUCAGGUUGUGUCUGCGCACAGGGUCAACAAGAAGGGCCGCGUCCUCCCGGUCGUCUCUCCUUUGAAGCAAGGACAAGGCUCCACGACAACUUCGUCUACGCUAGUACAGCACAAGCGACGUGGCCCGUUGGGACCACGAAGCGCGCCCCCCCCCCGCCUCGGGAAACAAAAACGAAAUAAAGCCUGUCGCGUUCUUGCAGAAGUUUUUCGCGAAGAAACGAGUUUCAUUUUCGGGUCGUUCCGCUGGUCGUCAUGGUACAACUACUGCUGGUGGUCGCGCCGCGGCGAACGAAACCGUACUAGAAUUAUCUUCAGGCCGGGGACGACUUGCGCCGGAGCAAGAAUCGGUAGGGUCACGACACGCAGCGAAAAGUAG